UAUCAACAACAAUCCUCCUCAAAAAAAUUAUUUGCAGUCUCCGUUUCAUUGCUGCGCCUUUCUUCUCGACAAUCCAAGGCUGUACUGUCCCGGUCACCUUGCCAGUCAUUCUCUUUUUCUCCUUCAUCUCGUGUCGUUCCCUGAGGAGUGUCCCGACUCAGCUACACUUGCAUUUCCCACCAGCUUCCCUCAGGCACGUCAAGACUUCCCCGAAAGGCUCGUGCUCUCGCCCACGUCCAGUUCUCACCACUGUCCCCUCCUCUAUUCCCCAGAAAAUCUUCACCUUUCAAGCGCCCUUUGACUGGCUGGUCCGUCGAUUCGGCUCCUUUCGAAGCCAUCCUGUGCAACCCUACGAGCACUAGCUGAUGGCCUCUGCCGCCAGCGUCUCUUCCAACACUACAAUCUCUCCUGCGCCCUCACUGGACUCCAAUACCCCGGAAUAUAAUAAUGGUCUGGCGAGGCCUAUGAUGAGAUCUAAUACCAACACGAAGAGUGCAGACGCAGGACGCAAGCAGAGUCCUGGUGACGGGGUUCCACGGCGACUCAAUUCUCAGAAGGCUUGGGGUUCGGCCUCAAGCUCCUCUUCACAACGAAGCUCGAUGGCUGCCCAACCGAAUGGAAAUACCCCUCAACCAAGAAACGCGGGCAAUAUGAGGCAGAAUACGCAAAAAGAGUCGGGAAUCUCAGACAAACAAGCGCAUGAGAGAUUGAUGUUCCUCCUAGGAGCCGCGAUUGGUUUGAAUGUAGUGAUUACUACAAAGUCUGGCGACAAGUUCGAGGGCUUGUUGUCUGGCUCGGCGUUCAGCCAACAAAACUCUAGAAUUACCUUGAAGAUGGCGAGGAAGUUGCAGUCUGCUACUGGAGGACAGGUCAAUGGCGCUGCAUCUCGGGAGGCGACCUUGGUUGGCUCGAGUCCUGAGUAUGCGAUGAACUUUGACCUGAAAGACAUGAUGGACAUGAUGAUUGCCGACUUUGCAGUUGCUGAGGCUACGAAGCUUGCGAAUGGCUCUUCGACUGGCUUUCAGACUGAUGCCGACAUUUCUGGCAAUCAACUUCGCGGGGAGCGAACACUUCAGCGAUGGGUCCCAGAAGGACCUGACUCGACCGACUAUUCACUAGAGUCGACGACUACUUCCACCGGUUGGGAUCAAUUCGCAACCAACAAUCAACUCUUCGGAACUAGGAGUACGUAUGAUGAAAACCUCUACACUACUACGAUCGACAGAAGCGCACCUUCCUAUAAACGCCGAGAGGCCGAAGCUGCAAGGAUCGCACGAGAGAUUGAAGGUGCCACUUCUGCAAAUGUUCAUGUCCGUGAGGAACGCGGACAGGCACUGGAAAAUGACGGAGAUGACGAGGAGGAAAAGUACAGUGGCGUUCGACGUGAUGAGCGCGCAUUCCCACCUCUUCCUGUUGGCGGGCCGAAUAAGUAUACGCCGCCCGCUCGAAGAGCCCCGACUGGUGCAGCUACAGUGCCUGGGGCCCCCGUAGACCCUGCCAUCAUCUCGGCGUCCUUAUCUCGACCUGAAGGUACAAAGUCAGUCAUUUCGAACGCAACUGAGAAAGGAUCAAGUGGUGGUGAGAGGGCUUCCAUUCCGUCCGUGGAGAAGCCAAGUCAAACGACAUCCACCGAGUCCAAUAGCACUACACCUACCCCAGCUGCAGAAUCAUCGAAGAUGGCUACUGUCGGGAAGAAGGCUAUCUCUCCUGGACCUACUGAGGACGUAGAGGUGAAGGUCCUCAACCAAUUCCGUCAGUUCGCGGACAGCGAGAAACAGCGCGUCAUCGAAAAAAGAAGAGCUCAGCAGAACCAAGACCGGACGGCUAAGUUGAACGAAUUGCUCCGGUUCUCCAAAACCUUCAAGCUCAAGACGCCUAUUCCCAGUGAUCUUAUUGGCAUUCUUGCUAAAGAUCCCGCGAAGCAAGAAGCCAUCGUCGAAAAGGCACAAAAAGAGCAUGAAGACUCGAACUCAACAGCUGCUAGCCCUUCUCCUGUUGCGGCAACCAGUAGUGUUCCUCGCAAAGUUGAGCCAUCUCAGCCGGCGCCCCCUGUCCAUGAUAGACAGACGUAUAAUCGCGGACGCGGUGGUUUCCCUCACCCUGGACGACCGGAACGGCCUGCCAGUCAACAACCACCAAUGUUUUCUGGCCGGGGUAGCCACGGGCCAUAUCAGCAGAGAUUCCCUGCUCAUCAAGAUCGCAAGGGAAAUCACCCGCCACCUAUCCCAGCUCCCAUUCCGAUAAUUGAAGGACGAGUGCCUCCGACCGGUCCCAUGGCUGAACAAGUUGGCCUGACCAGUCCGCAACGAUCCAAUAUGCACACACCUUCCUCAGCAGUAUCUGGAAGAUUCAAUUUGAAUGUGAAAGCAUCAGAGUUCCGACCUACUGCCGCCACUUUUAAUCCUACCGGUUCCCACACUCCCUCGAGCCCGGCGUCGACUCAUCGUGCAGGUUCCAUCUCCCGAACCGCAAGUCCCUCCUUGUUCUUCGGCCACCGCAAGCCAAAACCUGCUUCAGAAAGACCCUCUAUCACGAAAGAUUUCAACCCCAUCGCACGCAUGAAGGAAACCACCGCCAAUCCCGUCAAGGCAACAGAGGGUGAACCUAAACCUGAAGACGCCCACAAGAACCACGCUAGUAACGGGGGGGUUCCUAAUGCUUUCCAAACAGGACCGCGCUGGACAGUCAAGAACGACAACGAUGCAAAGUCAUACGAGGAAGCUUUUGAUGAACUCAUGGCCUCCACAUUCUCGCGCGUCCCAACACGAAUCGGCUCGGCCCAGCAUAUGCCCUUCCCUGUGCCAGGGGGAUCAAUCCCCAAUGGUCCUGCCAAUGUUCCACACAUCACCACGCCUCAACAUGCAGCGCAUGCACCACACCAAUACUCUCACCAAUACGAUGAUGGGACCCACCGUCUCCAGUUUGGUAAUGCCACUCCUGGUGUAUACCCAUCUCCCAGUAUUCCUUCUCGUCAAACAUCAACAUAUGCUUCGCCCAUGCCUCAUCCGGCUCAGCUGUCAUAUCAGCAGCAACCUUUCUUUGGAACGCCAACCCAAAUGCCGAUGCAGAUGAGGCCUUUCCCCGGUACACCUGGCAUGAUGCAUGCCCAAGCGGGGCAGAUGGGCGCUCCUAUGAUGGUUCAGCAACCGUCUAAUGGACCGUACAUGGCUGUGCCUCAACAGUUCAACCCUCAGAUGCAGAUGUACUCACCGAAUGCAAGCCAUGUGUACCCCCAGCAGAACGGCGGCUAUGCCAGUCCCGGUCGGGUGGCCCCGAUGAUGAUGCAGCAGGGGUCGCAGCAGAGUCACACAGGAGCACCUAACAUGAUGUUCAGUGUUUCCAACCAAGGUGUACCAAUGGGCUAUCCCCAGCAGCAGAUGGGGGUGCCUCGCGGUAACUACGGAGGACACCAGUAUGGGGGAACUCCACACCAAGGCUAUGGAAUGCAACACCGAACCAUGAGCAGCGGAUACGGCCAGAUCCCUCAGAAGAUGCAUCCACAGAUGCCACCGAACCAUGCACCGUCGAUGAACGGGCCUCCUCAAGCACCAGCUUACGGUCAGAUGGACGCGGUCCAGGACGAUGGAAAAUGAAAGUCAAAUAUCAAUUUUUCAACCAUCAAUCGCCAAUAUCCUUCUUUGCUUGUAGAAGCCGACCAAAGCUAUAUACCUAGCUUCUUGAGGCUCAUUGUUAUAUCCAUAACACCGGUGUACCUGUUAUUGGCUAGCAACUACCAAGACUUAUCCAACCAGCUUCAAGCAUGAUGCAACCCAAGUUGGGUGCAAGGCACAUCUGACAUCCGCUGAAGACUUGUUAAGGAAAGUCCAAACACCUCAGCUAUUUGGUCUUCUUGGUUGGGUCUUCUCGAGAUUAGUACUUGGACAUAUUGCCUCCUUCGGGUGUGGAGAGAAGCUUGUGGGAGCUGAAAGAGUCGUCUUUGUGGCUGGAUCAGAUGCUCUACCGGAUGCAGCCAGCUUCACGCGUCAUGUGUCUGUGACAUUCCAGGUUGAGGAGUAUCCGAAUGGGCAGAGGCAAAGCACGAUCGGCAAUGUAGAUAGCAGGAUGAAGUGUUGUUGAAAUUCUGGAUGCAAUGGCUCUCGUAGCCCGUAGUCGUCUGCACGAGGCGGAAAUGAACCAGGUGUCUUGAGGGGGUAGUCCGUCAGUGGAGCAUACAGGGUGGCUUCACACGUACAGUAGAGAGUGCGAGUGGUCAUGAUCCAUAGUACAGUAGGUACCUAGGGAAUCGAGUACUUACAACGAGUGGUAUGUUGUCUGUACAACACUGGGGCAGUGGGCGGGCGAAUUGUCG